AUGCCGCAAAUUGAGGUCAUCGAUCGCUUCUCUCUCAAUGUUCACUUCAAGGUCGAUCGUCAAGCUCUUUCUCGAAGAUACCUUGCAACGUGUGAUUCUUACAUGCAAAGAAAUGACAAUGAUCCUGCUCAGACCACAGAGCAGAAGCUUGCCUAUAUAUGGGCAGGCGUCCUAAUCAUGCCAGCUGUGAAAUUUACCGGUGAAGAUAAUUUCUUUUCGUUCAUUCGCAGUGAGUUCCAGGGAGCAUAUCUCCUACAACAGAUUCAGCGUGCUUUUGGUGCCAAUGUCUUCCUCCAUGAGCUCCAGACAAACCCUACUCUAUACGAUGGCUGGUUUGAUUGA